GUCUCUAUUCUCCAGCCGUGUAUUCAGAGGUAGCGCUGGGGUAUCCUCUAUUCUCACACUCUGCUCCCCAUAGAACCCCAUCCUCACAACCCUCACCCACCACAGCGCGACGAGACAGCCCAGGCGACUCUCGACAGACACACGCGACAGCCCCACCAAUUCGCCCAAAAUGCCUAGUGGUAUCCCUACUCGCCGCGUCCGUCUGGUCGACGAGAAUGCCCCACCUCCCCCCGGCGCCGUUGUCACCCGUACGCGUUCUCGGGCUUUGGCCUCCACCACUUCUACUGCCACCAACGUGAAACCGACCACCACCUCUAUCCCUAUGAUGAAACGACAACGCUCCACUAUCUCAUCCGAAAACAAGAUUGUCGACAAGUCUGAUGUGAGGCGUAAUGCUCUUGGUGAGGUACGGAAUGGCAAGGGCGGAGAAAAGGAGAAGGAGAGUGGGAAGGGAAAGGUCGUGGCAAUCGAACGAAAGCCGUUGGCGACGACUCAGGCAAAGGCGCAAAGAGUCACACGUUCAGCGUCUGCUCAGCCGGUAAUGGGUGUCAAGGAUGGAGAUAAGAAGCGAAAGGCUGUCAUUACCAGCAAAAUUCCGUCUCGUUCUCGAUCGACCGGUGCUGAACCUGCUCAAGUCGAAGUGAAACCCACUAUCAAGACUGAAGAGGAGCCUGUUCGUAAGCGUCGGAAAACGUCGAGCCCCGUUGUAGAAGUUGGAGAGGAUGGACCAACAGUGGAUGGAAAGGAAUUGCUGUUGUCAAGUGGAAGCAAAAAUGCGACAGCCUUCAGGUCACCCAAGAUUAAAGCCAAGGAUGACGGAUGGACGGAUCUGGAUGCUGAGGACGAAGGGGACCCAACAAUGGUCAGCGAAUAUGUCGUUGAAGCUUUUAAGUACAUGAUGGAUAUCCAAGGCCAAACAAUGCCCGAUCCCGAGUACAUGGACAACCAAGCUGAACUCCAAUGGAAGAUGCGUCAAAUCCUCAUGGAUUGGAUCAUCGAAGUCCACUCCAAAUUCCGACUCCUCCCCGAAACCCUCUUCAUCGCCACCAACCUUGUUGAUCGCUUCCUCUCCAAGCGCGUCAUUUCCCUCGUCAAGUUCCAGCUAGUCGGUCUUACCGCCCUCUUUAUCGCAUCAAAAUAUGAAGAAGUCUGUUGCCCAGGUGUUGAGCAUUUCCUACAUAUGUCGGACGGAGGAUACACCGUCGAGGAAUUGCUUAAAGCAGAGCGUUACAUGUUGUCCACGUUGCAAUUCGACAUGUCGUACCCUAACCCGCUCAAUUUUAUAAGGCGGAUCAGUAAAGCCGAUGGGUACGAUAUCCAAUCGAGGACGGUUGCAAAGUAUCUUGUCGAGAUUAGUUGUGUCGACCAUCGGCUUUUGGGUUAUACACCUAGUAUGUUGGCUGCCGCGUCCAUGUGGCUCGCGAGAUUAUGUCUUGAGCGUGGGGAAUGGAACGCGAACCUUGUGCACUACUCGACGUAUUCCGAAGAUGAGAUUCGUCCUUGUGCGCAGGUCAUGUUGGAUCAUAUUCUCGAUCCCGAUUUCGACGAGUCUACUUCAUUCUACAAAAAGUAUGCAAGCAAGAAACACAUGAAGGCGAGUGUGUACGUACGCGAAUGGGCAACUCAGCUGUGGCCUGCGUCGGCGGAUGGGAGUGCAGUUGAGAGGGGCACAGAGCUUGAACUUUUAAAGAUGUUUUUGGAGGAUGAAGAGGAAGAGAAUAACAAGGGGAGUAAGAGGAGGAUGAAGGCGGUUGAUGAGGAAGAGGAGUAUUAAAGACGCCAAGGAGCGUUUGUUUGCUCUUACGCGAUUGACAUUCGUCAAUUAAUUCACCCUACUCCUCGCCAUCCAGCUCAGCUUCUCUCGCACACUUUCCCACAUCAACUGCACUCCUUGUUCAAUCUGACUCUGAUUCAAUCCGACAUGCACGACGACCCUUUCAACACAUUCAUUGGCCAUCAUUCCCUUCAUACUUUUCACAAUUCCAACCGCAAUUCCAGCCAUAACCACAACCAUACAUCAAGAACAAUCAGUACAAGAGUACCGAUACAAAUGCAGUAAUUGACGACUUUAUACCAUCCCAACGAUUUGGUUUGCAUAUAUACCCCUCUUCCCUUCCUGCCGACUCUUCCACGCCUUUUAACCUUCCCAUCUUUUCAUACACCCGCGCACCGCAUCCGAAUUCGCAUAUCAAUAUCGACACUGACGUCGUUAUCGUCUCAAACAUCCCAAUCGCAAGAGAGAAGAGCUAGUGGGGACAGAAAAUAAAAUCCAAGGAGUGGAAACCUUUUUUUUUACGUGUUUAUUGUAACAAUGUAGAAUUUCAUUUAUAUACGACCUUCUCCUUCCAUAAUUCCUUCUUUUGUCUUUUUUUGGUGCGGCGAACGAAUGCAGCGGGGAUAGAGUGAGACUGAAUGGAAAGGGAAAUAGUGGAGGGAAAAGAUUUGGGUUUUAAUUAUUUUUAUUUCAGUAGCUUUUUGUUGAUGCCCCAACCUUGCCGCACCAGCCACUUCCUUUUGUUUAUGAUUACAAAUGAGAUAUUUUGACGCAUGUAUGGUAAAACGUAUUU